AAAUCUAAAGAAGAAGAAGAAGAAGAUGAGCUUGAUCUUCAGCACACCACGUUGCAGCCGUCCAGAAAGAAGUACUGUCAUCCCCCGGGUUGCUAUAGAAACAGUUGUCUUUAAUUUAUCCAUGGUUUCACCCUCUUCAGGAUCUGUUAGUGGCUGAUGAAGGUAGUUAGCACCGCUAGCAUAGCUGGUGAACUUUCAUCAUCAUCUCUGCUCAGUGACUGAGGUUCAACUUUAACCAGCUUGCGGGAGGCACCUCGGUAGGAAAAGCUGACUCAGACUCGGGCGCUGGAGCUUAACUUCAGAAUAAAUGUACAUAAAUAUAUUGUUUUCUCAUAGCAGAGUGCUAGCCGUUAAAACCGUUCCAGUCGGAACAGCCAGGCUCACUUCCUUGUGCCGUGUUCGAGGUCAUUCUGUAGCCCCAUCUAAAGCAGCUGUUUCCGGGAUACAAAACAUGAAGAGCCUCCCGUACUUCUGCCGAGGAGAGGUCGUUCGAGGUUUUGGAAGAGGAAGCAAAGAACUCGGAAUUCCCACGGCCAACUUUCCGGAUUCGGUGGUGGACAAUCUUCCAGCAGAUAUCAGCACAGGAAUCUAUUACGGCUGGGCAUGUAUCGGGAAUGGCGAUGUUUACAAAAUGGUGAUGAGCAUCGGCUGGAACCCGUAUUACAAAAACACAAAGAAGUCCAUGGAGACGCACAUCAUUCACAAAUUCAAAGAAGACUUUUAUGGACAGACUCUGAGUGCCGUUCUGGUGGGCUACAUCCGCUCAGAGAAGAGCUUUCCCUCACUCGAGGAUCUCAUAGCGGCCAUCAACAGUGACAUCGAGGAGGCCAAGGUUCAGCUGGAGCUCCCGGAGCACAGCAAACUGAAAGAAGACAACUUCUUCACCAGCACGACCAAUUCGUCUCCGGUCUCUUCCUCGUCCGCUGCGUCCACGUCUCAGAGCAUCAUCAAUGGUCACUGAUGGCUGGCAGAGAGGGCAGCGCUUUGUGCCCUGAGCACGUUUCUGUUUACAUGUACAGCCUUAUUAUAAAAUCUGUCAGCUGUCACAUAAACAGUCAACCUCUGUGUCUUUUCACGUGGUUCUGUGUUAAAACGCUAUUUUCUGACAUCAGUUGUUAAACUGCACAUAGCCUGAACUGUAUAUAUUCUUGCAUUAUUAUCUGGACCUUCUGUAUAUUUUGAAUCUUUUAGUAGAGAGGACAAAUAAAAGUCACCGAUCAGAUGUUUUUUGUUUUUUUUUAAUUGAAUGAACCAUAAACUUAAAAAAAAGAUAACUCAAUAUCUUCAUAUACCUAAGUCAGCAUUGCAGCAUCAUUGUCUGUAAAAGAUAAUAUUGCGUAGUUCAUCACCAUCAAAACUAUAAUAAAGUUGCAACUUAUGUAACCUUCA